GUGCCCGGGAAAGAGAGGAGCGCGGCGGCGGGUGGCGGCUGCCGGCUGCGCUGAGGAUGCGGUUGUCCGUUCCUCCCCUGGGGAUGCUGCUGGCUGCACCCGCCUCAGGCUUGCGUGGGGCUGUCUCUGCCCGGCCUCGUGCACUUUGCGGCGUGGGGGCAAAAAGGAACAGGCGGAGCGCUGGCUGGCGGUGGGCAGGAGUUGCCGUGGCUGGCGCUGGAGAGGCCAGAGAAAGGCAAAGGGGACUAAACGGGUGGCCGUGCAGCCGGCAGCUGCUUCCCGCUGCAGGAUGAGAGAGCCAGCCUCUCCGGGUGAGGAAGGAUCCCGCUUUGCAGUCUGCAGCAGCUCAGACCACCAACGUGCACCGCAGGGUCUGUAUGUCUCACUGAAAGCGCGGUGGAGGACAGCCGAGCGCCUGGAGCUAGAGAAGAGGAAGGGGGGUGGGAAGGAGAAAGAAGCGUCUGAACCGGCAGAUUCUCCCGGCAGCUCCAAGAGCGAGAGCUGCUGCGGUGGGGGACAGCCAAGUGUCUGGAAUUACGGAAGGGGAAGGAAGAACGAGGAAGAAGCAUCCCAACUGUCUUGUUCUCUGGGCAGCGCCGAGAGUGAGAGCUGCACCCAGAGGGUGACAGACUGCCACGCAGCUGCUCGCUCGCCCCUUCCCCCUCAGGAAUGGAAAGGAGAAAAUAAAGCAAAAGGCUCGGAGAUCAAGGGGGAGGACUCCUCGUGCUGUUCCCCUGCUCCAGCAUGGCGUCCCUCUCCCAGGAGAUGGUCCUCCCUGAACUUUCUCUCACACGAGUCCUUCCUGCGGGCUGUGGCUCUUCCUGAACUGCUCCUGCGUGGGUCCCUCCUGCGCAUCGCAGUCCUCUCGGCGACAAAGUACAACGGCGGUGGGGGCUUCCCUCAGACUCCCAGCAUUCUUCUUCAGGAGCAGCCACCUGCUCCGGCCAGCGGGUUUCCUCCACGGGCUGCAGGUUCCCCUUCUUCAAUGUUAGCUCGGAGGCAUGGCCACUGUGGCUACUUGGCGUGGACUUGACCAGAGGUGGGUCCCACUUGGAGCCGGCAGAGCUUGGUGGAGGUCCUCACGAGGGCCAGUGCUGUAGCCCCUUCCCCCGCUGCCAAAACCCCCGGCUGCACACACAAGCAAACCCAACACACCCAU